AUGACAGCGAAAGGAGCAAUGAAGGAGCAGGAAAAGGACGCAGAAAAGCUGGAUGUUAACGGCUUGAAAGACGCGUUGGAGGAUGCUGAUCCCCUAUCGGAAACACAUUCUGAAAAGGGCAAAACUAGCACAGAUACAUCGUCUGGUGAGAAGACAGGCUUGAAGGAACCCAGUGUCGCCCCGCACACGUCUAUGCCCAAGGAGCAAGAAAAGGACAACGAUUCAGAAUCAGAUCCACAUAUGGAGCAGCUAAUUUCGAUGUUCCCUGACUUGCACAAAGCAACAAUAUCUGAUAUUUUGCGUGCCAAGAAAGGCAAUGUGGAAGCAGCCAUUCCUUUGCUCUUACAAAUCUCGGACCCUGAAUCUAACCCUACUCCUGCCACCCGUUAUGAUACUAUACAGAGCUCUCCCUACUAUGCCAAUUACACUUCGCCUUCGUCAUUAUUGCAGAACCAGAAUCAGGACCAGAUGCGGCACGGCGAUUGGGACCCAACACAAUUGCAUUACCACCCGCGCGUACGGCAUCCUCGCCCCAGUACCCAUGUGCAAAUGCAAGAGCCCCAGUAUCAUACGACUAAUCCUUGGCCAGGACCUGAAGAAGCUCGGCAAUGGCAGGAGAACUUUAAUCGAUUUACGGAAGUGGGCUUGGCCAAGAUGGGCUCUACAUUCUCGUCGCUGCGUCAAAAGGCAGAGACAGCGCUUCGGAACCAUGAUAUCCAGAACCGUAUUUCGAAGUACCGUGGGCGUGGUGGUUUCAACGCGACGGCAUUCUUCCGUCCUGAUAUGACAUAUCAGACCUCUUCGGGAGGCUGGGAACAGGGGACUGAGAUGCACCGUCCGAUGUACGACAAUGACCCCCCACACGUUAUUGACGAAGAUAUUGACAAGCUCGUUAAUCCACGUACCCCAAGUGGGAUUCCUUCGCAGAAGGAGCGCGAAAAGGACAGUGAACCUGUGCCCAUUCUUCCCCCUCGACCUCCCGCCAAGACACCGAAACCUUCGUGGGGCCAAAGAUACGCUGGAAAAUCGGCUAGUACCACAGCAGAGACCAAAGAUCAGGCUGUGAGUAAGGGCUCUUCCCCGAGUAAAGAAAAGAAUGGCAAAGAAGAGGUCACGAAAGACAAAAACAAGAAGGAUGAGAAAGCGGAAGCCACGCCGAACGAAAAACCGGACGUGGACAAGUCAACUCCUUCAAAAGAGAGCAAUGAGAAAGAGGUUAAGAAAGAGGCACCUUCAACCAAGGACACAGAACCAGCAGCAGAUGAUGACGAGUAUAUCGACAAUCCAUUUGACGAUGAAGAUUAG